GUCUUGUUAAACAUUUGCAUCCUAGUGGGUGGGACCUGCCUACAGCUGAGUUAUAAGCUUUAGUUUUCCGGUCGUUUGACGCUUCACCCUCUCCUGCCGGCCUUCACGCGGAGUAAUUUGUCUCCAGGACAGCUUUCUGCAACUCCACUUUGAAAAUCCUCACUCUUCCAACAAUGGCAGCGAUUGGAAACCGUGGAACAGUGACCGAGGCGGCUGGUUUCGAUGCCGAAGCUGACGUUCAGAGACUGAGAGGAGCCAUGAAGGGAGCUGGCACUGAUGAGGCAGCUGUCGUCGAGGUCCUAGCCCACCGUACUAUUGCCCAGAGGCAGCGCAUCAAAGAGGCCUUCAAACAAGCUGUGGGGAAGGACCUGGCUGAUGAGCUGUCCUCAGAGCUGAGUGGGAACUUCAGGAGCGUCGUUCUCGGUCUGCUGAUGCUGGCGCCGGUGUACGACGCCUAUGAGCUGAGAACUGCAAUGAAGGGGGCUGGAACGGAAGAAGCCUGCCUCAUCGAUAUCCUGGCUUCAAGGACAAACGCCGAAAUAACAACCAUCAAUGCGUUCUACAAGAAAGAAUAUAAAAAAACCCUGGAAGACGCUGUGUGCGGGGACACAUCAGGAAUGUUUCAGAGGGUUUUGGUCUCUUUACUCACGGCCGGACGGGAUGAGGGUGACAAAGUCGACGAGGCUCAGGCUGUUCUAGACGCCAAGGAAAUCUAUGAGGCUGGCGAGGCUCGAUGGGGCACGGACGAGGUCAAAUUCCUCACGGUGCUGUGUGUGAGGAACCGAAACCAUCUGCUGCGAGUCUUCGAGGAGUAUCAGAAGGUUUCUGGGAAAGACAUCGAGGAGAGCAUUAAGAGGGAGAUGUCUGGCUGUCUGGAGGAAGUCUUUCUGGCCAUAGUGAAAUGCAUAAGGAACAAGCAAGCGUUCUUUGCAGAGCGAUUAUAUAAAUCAAUGAAGGGGCUGGGCACCACGGAUAGUGUCCUCAUCAGAAUAAUGGUUUCGAGGGCCGAGAUUGACAUGUUGGACAUUAAGGCGCAGUUCCUGAAGAUGUAUGGCAAGACUCUCUACUCCUUCAUCAAGGGAGACACAUCUGGUGACUACCGCAAAAUCCUGCUGGAGCUGUGUGGAGGCGAGUAAAAGAAACAUCAGAACACCCUCCAGCUCUGCCUUUAUUCCAAAUUAUGAGCUUUUAUUCUCUAGAUUACUUUCUGCAUCUUACAUUCUCUUCUUCGUGGCCUUCCCAUUUCACUUAUCAGGCGCAGUGCCUUGUUUUACUGUUUGUACUGUAAUACCAAUUAAACCAAAGACCAGUGACCUUUUA